AUGUCUGAUGCUCAGCUAUUUGCUGCUUUUGGCUGGCAGUGUUUGUCGGCCUUGUUCGGGUAAACGUCGACCAGGUAUUCGUCUUCCCUGAAGGGAUAGGAUGAAGAUAGACCUUUUUGGCUUGUAUGUUUUGUUUUCCCUCUUCAGACCAUGUGGUGUUACCCCAGAAAAAUUUGCCUUUUCAAUGCUGUUGUAUCAAAAUGCGUAAAUGUAUGUAUACAUAAAUUGCAUGUAUGAAUUUAUAAAAGGCACAUCACUUGGUGUGAGUUUAGCUGUUCAGCUACAAAACCAAACAUACAGGCCGAAUUUUUUUUCUUUCCCUCUCGCUUUCGCCCUCCUGUCUUACCUUCCUCUUAAAAAUAAAGAAAUAAUGUAAUUGGGUUGGCUUUUAUAGUAAAAAAAGAAUUGGCUGACAAUUUUUAGAACGAAACGAUAGGUUUUUUACCAUUUAAUACACCAAUGGUUCACUUUACUAUCGCGUGCAGUAAGAUAGUCUUCGUGGACAAAGAAACCUCCGGUCCUGGUCUUAUGUUACAGUUCAGACCUCGACCGAAAAAGAGAAAACUUUUGUUGUCAAAAACGAAAGCAAGAAGGUGAAAAGAAUUCCUCGUGAUGUGCCUGCCAGCUUAGAGCUUUUUUAAUUUCCUCUAUCAAAGUAGUUACAGAAAGCCUGCGUGUCGGAAUUUAGUCCGCAGAUAUAAGAUACGUCGAAGUAAACCGCAGUACUGUGAAGAUAUACACGUUUGAAAGUUCUUAUGUCAGAAGUCGAAAAUAAAACGAAUUGUUACUUGUAACACAUUGCAGCUGUCGAUUAUCGCGUUUUUAAGAGUGCCUCUUCACAACAGUUGAUCUUUUGCUUUGAUGUUCUGAUACAGCAUAACAGGUAGACUACGAGCAGCUUUUCUUUAUUCUAAUCCGUCACAGAAAACGUGCGAGAGAUGAAAAUGGCCACGUAUGCAACUGGGGCCGCAAGAUGACUUUUCUCUCUCGCGCUUAUGGUGAAGCACUGGGUGAAGUAGCCUGCGUAGCGGGCAGUGAGGAUUGUUGUGCCUGGGGUACUUUCUUAGCGGCGUACGCGAAGCGAGCCGCGAAGCUUUUGAAGGAAAAUAAGAGACUGCUCGCUCGCUUGGUACAUAAUCAGUAG